GCACACUGUAUUCUCAAAGCCCACUCUAUACCUGAUGCGAGGUACCGGCACUGGUGACACCGGGCUGAGGACAAGCACAUCAGGAUUAGUAGGGGGAGAAUAUACAGUGUGUUCAGGGCUCUGGAGACGCACAGGAGGCUUUGUGCGUGGUGCCGGAACUGGAGGCACCGAACUGGACACACGCACUACAGAGAGAGUGCGUGGAGGAGGAACUGGGCUCAGGAGACGCACUGAUAGCCUAGUGCGUAGUGUAGGCACUGUAGGUACUAGGCUGGGGCGGGGAGGUGGCGCCGGAAAUACCGGACCGUGGAGGCGUACUGGCACUCUUGAGCAUUGAGCCUGCCCAACCCUACCUGGUUGAAUACUCCCAGUUGCCCGACCAGUGCGGGGAGGUGGAAUAACCCGCACCGGGCUAUGUAGGCGAACCGGGGAAACCAUGCAUAAGGCAGGUGCCAUGUAUGCCGGCCCGAGGAGACGCACUGGAGACCAGACGCGUUGAGCCGGCCUCAUGACACCUGGCUCAAUACCCAAUCUAGCCCUACCAGUGCGGGGAGGUGGAAUAACCCGCACUGGGCUAUGCACUCGUACAGGAGACACCGUGCGCUCUACUGCGUAACACGGCGCCUGCCCGUACUCCCACUCUCCACGGUAAGCCUGGGAAGUGGGCGCAGGUCUCCUACCUGCCCUUGGCCCACUACCUCCUAGCCCCCCCCCCAAGAAAGUUUUGGGAGUUACUUACGGGCUUUUUGGGCUUCCGUGCCAGACGCGUUCCCUCAUAGCUCCGGUUCCUCUCUCCGGUAGCCUCUGCUCUCCUCAGUGCCUCCAGCUGUUCCCAUGGGAGGCGAUCCCUACCAGCCAGGAUCUCCUCCCAAGUGUAGCAACCCUUUCCGUCCAAUACAUCGUCCCAUGUCCAUUGCUCCUUCUUUUCCUGUCCCUUACUCCAUUUACUCCGCUGCUUGGCUCUGGAAUGGUGGGUGAUUCUGUAACGGCGAUCCUCCUCCUCUCCAUCUUCGGAAAAGGAGGAGUAUUGAGGGAACCAAGGCGCAGCGAAGUUUGAACACAUAUUUAUUAAACAAGACGAAAAAACGAACACGAACUACACUUGAAAUGAUACAAAAUAACAAACGACGUAGACUGACCUAAACAUGAGAACUUAUAUAGACACGAAGAACGCACGAAUAGGAAACAGACUACAUAAACCGAACAAACCGUAUACAGUUCCGUAUGGUGCAACCAUAACACAAACACGGAAGACAAUCACCCACAAACAAACAGUGAGAACACCCUACCUAAAUAUGACUCUUAAUUAGAGGAGAACGCAAAACACCUGCCUCUAAUUAAGAGCCAUACCAGGCAACCAAAACCAACAUAGAAACAGAUAACAUAGACUGCCCACCCAAAACACAUGCCCUGACCUAAAACACAUACAAAAACAACAUAAAACAGGUCAGGACCGUUACAUCUACAAGGAUCUUAUGCGUGGAGUGGAUGUCCAUGAUCCCCAAUGGGGUGACUUCAACCACAGAUGAUGUACGACUCGAUGAUACAAUCGGGGGGUUCCAUAUCCUUCACCCAUAAUGUAUCUACGGUAGAAUCAGAACUACGACUGUCUUUCACACUUCAAUAUAGACAGUAGACACAGUUUAAUGACAAAUGUAUUCAAACAUGUAGAAUGUUUUUUUUCAGUGAUAGAUGUCUAACUUAACUUUUAUAAUUUUUCUUCCACAGACUGUGGCUUGCUGAACUUUGCCGACACAAAAACACUACACAUGCACCCAAUGUGAUUGAUGUCAGCUACUCCUGCAUCACCCUCCUGGAGUGUGUCAAUGUAGACCACAUUGUCAGAAAUGAUUUGACUGAGCAUUGGACCUGUAUCAUUGUCUCUGGUGUAUCAGACUGCCAUUGCCAACAGUGGAGGGAACAAGCCAAUGGCAUUUGAUAAGAAUGAGGUGGUAACGAUGAACAACAGUUCAAUCACCCUCUAUAAAUGCCAAAACCUGAAAAUGAACUUCAUUUACAUUGAUUCUACACAGGAUGCAACUGAUGAAACAAUACCCCUCCCCAUUCCCUCUUAGCAGAAGGCUGGAACUGAGUCUAAUGGUGAAGAACCCCCAGUUAAGGAGAGAUGUUCCCAUUACAUUGUCACAGACAUGAGGAAUGAGGUUGUGACAACUGCACCUUUAAAUUCAACCAUCAUCCCAGAUGGAGACAAUCCUGAUGCAAACCGUGGUGACACUAGUUUGACCUGGAAAAAUGUUGGUGUUGUUGCUCUCGUGCUGGUCAUUGCUGGUUUGCUCUUGGUGUUGUUUUGUGUGUACAAACCUUGGAGAGACAAACAGCGCAACCAAGGCCACAGAGAAAUGGAAGCGGGUCAGGGCAUUCCAGAACCAAACUCCAUUCCUCUGAUGCAGAAUGAGCGACGUGAUGCCAGAGACAUCAGAAAGCCUGAUGACGGUGAGACUGUUGAAGCUGUGGUUGUUCCCAGUGACCAAGGAGGUGAGCCAGGAGAGGAGAGCAGGCAGCCCAUGGACAAUGAAGAGACAGGCGCUGACAACCCUCUGCUGAAUGGAGAUGCCAGCGACCAAGGAGAGGAAGGUGUUCUAGGAAUGGAGGAUGGAAAGCCGUCAGACAAUGACAGAGCAGACACUGAAACCUGUCAGAAGACACAUGCUGAUUCCUCCACACUGAAUGUACCCAAGAUUGUCAGGGUUAACAGCCAGACUGAUGACACACAGCUUCUGGGUCAACCUCAAAGCAAUGGACGCGUGCCAUAUAGAAGCUCACCCAUUAUUCAGCUGGACCUUACUUCUUGUGAGACUUAUGCACCCACCAAAGAGAGACAUGAAGAUCUUUACCACUGCAGUGCUAAGACACAUGCUGAACCCCCUCUAGUGAAUGGACACCAUGAUGUCAGGGUUAACGAUGAGACUAAGGAAGUGACUCCUGGUGCACAGAGUCCAGGACCUCCUCAGAUGAAUGGAGGACCUCCCAUGUCUAACAGAGCUGCAGAGGAGACCACUGCUCUAUUGGACAAACAGGCCUUGGACAAGGACAAAGUCACCAAACCUCCUGAGUUAAUAGACAAAGGAACUAAUGACAUGGAGUCAAGAAGAGGAGAACUGUAACAAACGGUAGACGUUUGUAUAGCAAAAGAAAACCUAAUAAGAUAUAAGAUACAGUAAUAUAUAAUAUACAGUACUUAUUAUAAGGUACACAUUUGUGACUUGCAUACCACUGCUGGCUUGCUUCUGAAGCUAAGCAGGGUUGGUCCUGGUCAGUCCCUGGAUGGGAGACCAGAUGCUGCUGGAAGUGGUGUUGGAGGGCCAGUAGGAGGCACUCUUUCCUCUGGUCUAAAAAAUAUCCCAAUGCCCCAGGGCAGUGAUUGGGGACACUGCCCUGUGUAGGGUGCCGUCUUUCGGAUGGGACGUUAAACGGGUGUCCUGACUCUCUGAGGUCAUUAAAGAUCCCAUGGCACUUAUCGUAAGAGUAGGGGUGUUAACCCCGGUGUCCUGGCUAAAUUCCCAAUCUGGCCCUCAAACCAUCACGGUCACCUAAUAAUCCCCAGUUUACAAUUGGCUCAUUCAUCCCCCUCCUCUCCCCUGUAACUAUUCCCCAGGUCGUUGCUGCAAAUGAGAACGUGUUCUCAGUCAACUUACCUGGUAAAAUAACGGUAAAAUAAAAUAAAUAAAUAAAAUUAAUCAUAAUUAGUCUUGUCAACCCCAAGACAUAUUCUUAGCAGUGUUUAACUGAACAGUGAUUUUCAGAAACCUCAACAGUUUAUUAAGUUAAUUCUCUUUGUGACAGCUGUAAUCUGGAUAGGUUAGGGAACGUGUUCAGUUGAAAUUCCAAAACAGCCCAAGACUUGUAGAAUUAUUAUUAUCUACAUUUUGUAUGACUCUUAUCUGAAAAUGAGUGUGACUUAUGACUGAUUAUGGUACAGCAUUUAAAAUCUUAGCUAAACAACAUUAUAAUGAUAUGAAGGUAAGUUAAGAUCAUACUUACACUAGUAUUGUAUAUUAUACAUACAAGCAAAUAUAUAUCACAAACACAUGAGUAGAUACAUACACUUUUUUAGUAUAGACAUUUCCAAGGUCAUGAGGUCUCAAUGUCUUGUGGACAUGUCAAAUAGCUAAACAUUGACCCGGCGUUAUUUACACUAUAUAUACAAAAGUAUGUGGACACCCCUUCAAAUGAGUGGAUUUGUCUAUUUCAGCCACACCCGUUGCUGACAGAUGUAUAAAAUAAAGCACACAGCCAUGCAAUCUCCAUAGACAAACACUGGGAUUACAAUGGCCUUACUGAAGAGCUCAGUGACUUUCAAUGUAGCACAGUCAUAGGAUGCCACCUUUCCAACAAGUCAGUUCAUCACAUUUCUGCCCUGCUAGAGCUGCCCCGGUUAACUGUAAGUGCUGUUAUUGUGGAGCAACAACCGGGCCGUCCGUGUGCUGAAGCGCGUAACGAAUACAAAUUGUCUGUCCUCUGGGUUUGGCACAUGCCAGGAAAAUGGUACCUGCCCCAGUGCAUAGUGCCAACUGUAAAGUUUGGUGGAGAAGCAAUAAUGGUAUGGGUCUGUUUUCAUGGUUCUGGCUAGGCCCCUUAGUUCCAGUGAAGGGAAAUCUUAACGCUACAGCAUACAACGAUAUUCUAGAUUAUUCUGUGCUUCCAACUUUGUGGCAACAGUUUGUGGAAGGCCCCCUGUUUCAGCAUUACAAUGCCCCUGUGCACAAAGCGAGGUCCAUACAGAAAGGAUUUGUCAAGAUUGGUGUGAAAGAACUUGACUGGCCUGCACAGAGCCCUGACCUCAAUCCCAUCAAAUACCUUUGGAACGCUGACUGUGAGCCAGGCCUAAUCGCCCAACAUCAGUGCCCAACCUCACUAAUGCUCUUGUGGCUGAAUGGAAGCAAGUCCCCGCAGGAAUGUUCCAACAUUUAGUGGAAAGCCUUCCCAGAAGAGUGGAGGCAGUUAUAGCAGCAUAUUAAUGCCCAUGAUUUUGGAUUGAGACGUUCAACAAGCAGGUGUCCACAUACUUUUGUGGUGUAGAAGAGACAUCAUUAUCGCAGGGCCCAGUCUAAGAUGCUCUAUUUUACUGAAGAAAUUAUUCAUUAUUUCUGAAUUGAGAGUUACAGCAUGUUAGUGUUAAAUAACUUGCAUAAUUUGUCCCAACUUCAGCAAAAAUUUUCACAGACAUUUAACAUAAACCAACACCUGUAAUCCUACUUUCAGUAAAGAAAGUUAAUGUUCCAUUUUCCUUUAGAGACUAGAGUCCUCAAACUCAACUCGGACCUCGAAACAAGUUCCACUGCAUUUUGUCAUUCUUCCCCUCUAAUCAGGGACUGAUUUAGACCUGUGACCCCAGUGUAGUGCAAUGAAUGAUCAGGUAUUACAGAAAAGCAGCAGGCUCCGGACCUCGUAGGGUAAGAGUUGAGUACCCCUGCUCUAGAAGAUACUACAACAGACUUUAUUUAAACCACCGUUUUCAUAGGAAAUCAUGAUUGGUCAGUUAAAACAGGUAACACUUCAUAUGGAUGUUCUCUUUAUAAUGCAUUACAGGAGCAUUAAUAACACCUUCUAUUCAUAAUGCAUCAGGAUGCACAACAUAGGUGCUAAUAUCUGCUCAUGAACAUCUAUAACUGCAUAAAGCAUUAUCACCAGGAUGUGUAAUGCCUUAUGAAGCAAAGUAUUACUAUGCCAGAUGCCAUAUUUGAAAAGCACAUUAGGAUCAUUAUAUUAUACAUUCUGUGCUCAUUAAGUGGUAGGCUAUAUUCUAAUUCCACUGCAUACCCUCUUACACCUAUGUAACUCUGUCUUGCAUACUUAAAGGGAUAGUUCACCCAAAUUACAAAACUACAUGUUGUUGUUCUUACCCUGUAAGCAGUCUAUGGACAUGUUAAGAAAGCAAUCCAUGCUUUGGUUUUGUUUACUGUACUUGGUUAGAAAUAUGCAUUUUAGCAUUUGUGGCAGAAAUCCAAAGUCAAUAACCCUGUUAAAAGCGUUUUUCACAAAUCAUCCUAAAGUGUCAACAUUUGAUUGUGUACCACAAUUCAGUUAUUUUAAGAUGAUUUGGACAUGAAGCACGAAAAAAAUGCAAGAAAUCGGAUAUUGGCUUCACAUUACUCGACAUGGGAUUUGAUCUAAAAAGUUUGCAUUUGACGACAAUGGUCAGGUUAACAAAACCAAAGCAUGGAUUGCUCUCUGAGCUUGUUCAUAGACUGCUUACGGGGUAUAGAAAGCAAAUUAUAUUUUGUAAUUUGGGUGAACUAUCCCUUUAACAGGAGUGCGGAACUCCUACAUGAAGUCGUUACAGUAUACCCCUCUGACACAAUUUCCUAAAGAGCAUUUCAUGUAGGUCAUACCACUUAGCUUCUUAAUCAUAAGGCAUUAUGCUGCCUGCUUAAAAUGCUGUAGGAAUAUAUAGACAUGUAUUAGCAGCCAUUAGUGCCUAUUUCAUGCAAUAUGAUGUAUAAUGCAUAGAUUAGAAGGUGUUAUAAAUGCACUUAUAACACAUUAUGAAGAGGGUAUUCAUAGGAAGUGUUACCUGCAGUUCUUGCGGAAGGAACUGUACCCCACAUCCCCACCUACUAGUGACAUUGUGAAAAAUACCACACCUUUAGACAGUAAUUGUGUAGCUAUGUUGAUAUCUGUGUUCACCAUUUCAUUAGAAUGUUUAUUACAGUCAAAGUGUCUGUCAGGUCAAAUGACUUAGGCGAAUGACAUACCCACAUACAUUGAGACCUUAUAACCUUAGUGUCAGAAAAGGUUCAUGGUCUUCACAUUUUGAUUAUGGUAAUUUGACUUACUUGUAAUGUACUUGUAAUGCUUUCGCCUGAUGCUUUUUAUGGUUAGUUACCGUUCAUAUUUAUUUUGUUUUAUUUCCUUAUUACAUUUUCAUUACCAUUUUAUAGUACUAUGCAUUUGGACUGUUGGAUUGAUAUGAUCUGCUCAUACAUUGCAAUACAAGUGAGUGAGUUAAGACUAUUGUUUAAUGAACGACUCAGGUCUGAUGGAUACAAUUGUCCCUCGUACUCUCAUGUAUUAUUUGUUACAAACUUUCUGCAUGUAUCUGUAUGAGGAAACCUCCACAUUAUUGUCAUAUCUACUUUUUAGCCUGCAAGUUUAGGAAGGCUAUUCUGCAGAGUUUUGUGUUUGGUCACAACUUGUUUUAUUUAAUACAUUAACAUUUAGUCAUUUAGCAGAUUAUCCUUGCUCAAGUGUACAUCGCCAGAUUUUUCACCUAGUCUGCUCAGGGAUUCGAACCAGAUACUUUUUGGUUACCGGUCCAUCGCUUCUUAGUAUUAUAAUAUGCGUUUAAUUCCUUUCAUCAUUAAAAUAUUCCUUUCCA